AUGGCUUCUUCUGCUGAGGCUCCGGCAACGGCCGCCGCAGCCGACUCACCUGCGGCCUCGCCUCCGACCGGCUCUCCCCCUCCAGCUCAAGCCCCAGCCCAAGCUGCCAACAUCCAAGUGGAUGCCGCUCACGAGCGCGACGAUCAGACUGAUGAUGGGUUCGAGGAUGGCCUGAGCUCCACCGCCUCGGUCACAGACAGCGUCCUGGAGUAUCGCAAAAUCCAUGGUCGAACCUUUCACAACUUCAAGUCCGACACCGAGUACUGUCAUGAGAUGCUGCUGAUGGCUAUGGACAACCGACUUCACGUUGCUCCCAUUUCGGGCACGCCGCAGAGAGUCCUCGACGUCGGUACGGGAACUGGUAUCUGGGCCAUUGACUUUGCGGACCAAUACCCCAGCGCUGAGGUCAUCGGAACAGACCUGUCGCCCAUUCAGCCCGCAUGGGUACCCUCCAACUGCCGCUUCGAGCUCGACGACGCUCAGCUGCCCUGGACCUUCCCUGACAAUCACUUUGACUACAUCCACAUGCGCCUCCUCAUGGGUGCCAUCAAAGACUGGCCCUUCCUCUACAGCGAGGUCUACCGCUGCCUGAAGCCCGGCGGCUGGUUCGAGCACAUGGACUACGACCCGCACAUCUACAGCGAUGACGGCUCCCUGAGCCCCACCUCGGCUUGGAACGACUACGGUGGUUUCUUCAUCAAGGCCGGCGAGAAGCUCGGUCGCACGUUCAACAUCAUCAUGGACAAGGUCAACCACGGUUGGAUGAAGGACGCCGGCUUCGUGAACGUGGACGAACUCCGCCUCAAGCUGCCCAUGGGCGCCUGGCCCGCCGACCCCAAGCUGAAGGAGGUCGGCAAGUACAACCUCGUCGCCACCGAGCAGGGACUCGAGGGCUUCAUGCUCUACAUCCUCACCAACGUUCACCAGUGGGACAUUGUCCAGGCGCAGACGUACAUCGCCGCGGUGCGCAGCGAACUCAAGAAGCGCUCCAACCAUGCGUACUAUGUGGCGUCCGCCACGUAUGGCCAGAAGCCCGAGUAG